AAAAUGCUAACUUACUGGAUAAUUCUUCGCAUGUACAUCAAUCAAUUUAAGAAAAAAUAGAACUUUUUAUCUACCACAGUACUAAAAAUAAUACUCUUUAAGCUAAAGAUUAAAGGCGAGGAAACUUCUGUGGUUGCAAGAGGCUGUACACACUCCACUGUGGACUCUUAUCUUAUCGUCUUAUCAGCUGAGCUCUGGUGUGGUUUAGUAAGUUAUUUCACUACAGCAAGAUUCCAGCAGGUGGCUAUCUGUCUACCCUGGAUGGGUUGGAGCUGUCUAUCACGCUUGCUGACAUACUGACUGGAUAGGAGUGCCAGUCAGGAGAGAUUUUAUGACUCCCACCAUGGAUCGAAGUCCACUUGCAGGCCUCAGACUACCGUCAGUCCCUCUGAGCGGUUGAGCCUGACCAUCCGCAGCACUUUCUCUGACUGUCCUGUGGUGUCUGUUAGGACGUCCGACCUCUAUAGCAAUGGAGUUUGGGUUAAACUGACCGUGGAUUUUCUGUCCCACGACUCAAGAUGGACAGACCUGGUUAUAGUUUGGAGCAGCCUCAGCCUCUUUUCCACCAGACUUGUAAUUAUUCUGAGGAUCUUUCAGCUUUGGAGGGAUCUUCUACAUCUCAGGAGCAAACGACAGAGCAGAACAGCAGGACGGCGUCAGAAGAGAGCUGCCCUAUCUGUGGUGACAAGGUAUCAGGAUACCACUAUGGACUGCUCACCUGUGAGAGCUGCAAGGGCUUCUUCAAACGCUCAGUGCAGAACAACAAGCACUACACCUGUGCUGAACAACAGAGCUGCCCCAUGAACCUUUCCCAGAGGAAACGCUGCCCCUUCUGCCGCUUCCAGAAGUGUCUGGCUGUUGGAAUGAAGAGAGAAGCUGUGAGACCAGAUCGGAUGAGAGGGGGAAGGAAUAAAUUUGGCCCUCUAUACCGACGGGACAGACAGAUGAAACGACAAAAGGCAAACACUGCUCCCUACAGGACUGAGAGGGAAACUACACAAACACAUUGUCCCAUAUCUCCAAAGGAUCCCCUCCUCUUAGGCUGUCAUUCAACUGAACCAUCAUCUUCAGAUGCCUUCAAUGUAACCUACAUGUACCCCAGCAGCAUGGGGCAGACAGGUGAACCCACGCCUCUGGACUGCUCCCACCGAGUGCUCACUCCUCCCUCUCUACCUUAUCCUGGAACGUACUGCUCCUUAUCUGGAUUACCAAAGGAAAAGGGAGACUUUUUUCUCAGUUACAGCUCACCUUCCUCACAAUAUUCAGAGAUUUUGACCCCAAAGACUGCAACCACAUCGAGCCAAUCCCCAGAAUCAUCCCCUUGCUCCACACCAAACUCAGCUGGAGCCUCAUUCCAGGUUUUUAGUAAAACACCAACCACUCCUCUAUCCCCUCAUUCUCAUAGCUUCCUGAACCAGCUCAUGGAAGGUGAACAAGAUGAGAGCCUUCUGUGCACCAAAGUUUUGGCCACUCUACAGAGAGAGCAGGCCAAUCGAGGGAAACACGAUCGUCUCAACACAUUUAGUAUCAUGUGCAAGAUUGCUGACCAGACGCUGUUUGGGCUCGUGGAGUGGGCCAGAAAUACUGACCUCUUCAAGGAGCUGAAGGUGGAGGACCAGAUGGUACUGCUGCAGAGCUGCUGGAGUGAGCUGCUGGUCCUGGAUCACCUCUGCAGACAAGUCACUUAUGGCAAAGAGAGCUGCAUUUAUCUGGUCACAGGUCAACAGAUUGAGGUGGCAACAAUUGUUUCCCAAGCUGGAGUGACGCUUACUAGCUUGGUGUCGAGAGCCCAGGACCUUGUGGCUAAACUUAAGGCACUCCAGUUAGACAGACAUGAGUUUGUCUGUCUCAAAUAUUUAGUGCUGUUCAACCCUGAUGUGAAGUCAGUACAGAACAGGAAGCAAGUGGAGCAAACCCAAGAGAAGGUCAACAGGGCCCUGAUGGAGCACACUCAGAGAAAUAACCCGGGACAUUCUGACAAAUUUGGCCAGCUGCUUCUCCGUCUCCCCGAGGUACGCAGCAUUAGUUUGCAGGUGGAGGAUUAUUUAUACCAGCGCCACCUACUAGGAGAUUUACCCUGCAACUCCCUGCUGGCAGAGAUGCUACAUGCCAAACACAACUAAGAAGCUGUCACAAUGGGACACUGGAGAGGCGUGCAACUGCUGCUGUGACUUUUUGAUGCUCCCUCCCUCUUGCAGAUUCACAUUUGUUUACUUUCACUUAUCAGAGGAACAGUUAGAACCUAUGGGUACAUUUGACACCCUCAAAGAGGGAACGUCUGUCUCACCUGUCCAUGCUUGUGUCAACAGUAUUAUUACAAUAAAAACCCCUCUGGGACAUUUUUGACCCUUGUUCUUAAAAGUUGGACGGAAUAGUGAAAACAAACUGUUCUUAAAGGGCAAUAAAAUUCACUUUUGAAUGCUUUUGUUUUUGCUUCAUUGUAUAUAUAAAGUUUAAGAAAAUUUUAAUGAGGUGCAAAAAAUGACAAGAGGAUUCCUUCAUUUUUUGGCAGCAAAAUCUUCAUUUUCAUCUAUAAAAGCACUGGCGAAACAGAAUGAUAAAUUAAACAAGAGCAUGACAAAAAAUUUAAAAAAAGAAACAAAAGUAGAUGAUUUAAAAAAAAAGACUUUAUUCUUCUGGUCCAGUUGCCAAGGAUAGUCAAUUUAUGAAAUGAACGUAAAAUGUGUGCUGGUACAGAUUAGACAACAAAAAGGAAGAACAAAACUAAUAAGACUAUUUGGAUGAAAUUCAUGACUCAUAACCUCAGGAAAAAUGAAAAAAAAAA